AUGCUCAUAGUAGGAAUGACUGGAAGUGGCAAAACUCAGUUCCUACUUAAUAUGCUAGAAACAGAGUACAAUAGAGUAUUCGAUUACAUUGUCAUUAUAUGUCCAACCAUAGAGUGGAAUAUGACUUACAUUAAUUGGACUCAUAUUAGUGACCACGGAGUUAUUCAAAUUCCAUGCUCACAAGAAAUGAUCGAUCUAGUUCUCAAGGCAGUGUCCACCAUAUUCCGCGGUACUCAAACUCUCAUUAUAGUGGACGAUUGUGCGGCAAGUCAAGAUGUAAAGAAAAGAGUCUCAGAACUGGUGCGCCUAGCAUUCUCCGCAAGACACUACAACCUAUCUGUCAUUGUACUUACCCAGCAAUUGUCCUCAGUAGCAAAGCCCUUUAGAGAGAACAUUUCCAGGUUAGUUACAUUCUACAACCCUAGUCGCAGAGAUAUGAAGGUUAUAACAGAUGACUACCUAAGUGGUGUUCCCCACUCCCCAGGAGACAAUUACAGAGAUUACGAAGAUAUUAAAAAAUGA